CUAAUGUGUCGCUGUAGAGAGAGAGAGAGAGAGGCUUUUGUCUGUUUUUGUCUGCGUGAAGAAUUAACAAACACAGCAUGGAUUUGCACCUUCCCGAGAAGCAGAGCCAAGCCUUCAUCGCUGCUAGCUUUGAUGCGGAGUAGCACACGCACCGUCUCACACAACAGCAAUAACACGGUUUUUUUUUUCCCCUGAAACUCCUAACCGCUGACAUCCGCAGGCUGUCCAGCCCUGGGUGCCUCACCGGUUCCCAUUCCAACCCUUUCUGCUUGACCUGCUUCGGAUCUUUGUCUCUGUUUGUUUCCGGUCAUGUCGAUUGUGGAUCACAGCCCCACCACGGGCGUGGUCACCGUGAUCGUGAUCCUGAUCGCCAUCGCUGCGCUGGGGGCCUUGAUACUGGGCUGCUGGUGCUACCUGCGGCUGCAGCGCAUCGGCCAGUCCGAGGAUGAGGAGAGCAUCGUUGGGGAGGGGGAGACCAAAGAGCCCUUCCUGCUGGUGCAGUACUCUGCCAAGGGGCCGCGAGUGGAGAGGAAAACCAAGCUGACCCCCAAUGGCACGGAGAGUCACAGUUAACUCUGAACCCCUCGACCCCACGCCAAACCCAGCCCCCGACACCUCCACCUCCCCACCAUCUCAAGACUCGUUCUGUCUGUCCCAAGCAGCGCUGUGAAGAUCCAAGGUAGCUUUCUUUCUUGAAGACUCUGUUCUCCCUUGACUAGGCUGACACAGAUUCUCUGGAGGUGGGCAGACAGUGUCUUGUGGCUUCACAGUUUGAGAGUUUAUAGAAGGAAAUGCCUGCACUGCACUGCCUGGACAAAAUAAAUAAAAAAGACUCUUAGCCAGCAUUUCUGUCAUUCUUUCUGCACUGAAUGUCAGACUUGCAUAUUCAGCCGAGUCUUUUGAUGAGGCCACUUCUACUGCUGUAGAUGCUGUGUAACUUGUGAACUAUAGAACAAAAAGAAUCGAGAACUGGAGGAGACAGCAAAAAACAUCAAAGACACUAAUCAGAAAAUGAGGCAGGCAAUUAUGUUUAACCAGAGGACAAUUGUGUGUGUGUGUGGAUUUUAAUUUUUUGUGUUCUUCUAAGGCUGGGGCAAUGUAUCAUUUUUAACCAUCAAUAUCUUUUUUCCAAAAAAGCCGAUGCAUCGAUUCGACGUUGUGAAAGGGUAUAAACAAAUCCAGCAGUAAUGCACAUGGAGCUGUGGAUUACUGUGCAACAGUGCUAGUAAAAAGUUAAAAACUAUUCUACUCAUUAAAUUACAUCAGUUUGUGCGUACAGUAACAAAACUAAAAAAAGAUGUCAUCAUUUUCUUACCUUAUCCUUGUUGAUUUGUGCCAUUUGAGGGUCAAAGCAAAACCCACUGAUUUUUUUUUUUUUUUUUUUAAAAAGGGGGAGCUCAGUCCAUACGCAGGUUCAGAGAAUCACACUUGAGGGGAGCGAGGGAACUGUGCGCUGAAAUCCCCCCAAAAAAUAAAACUUCCCUUUGUUAAAACCUCUAACCAGAAACGAUGCACAGGCUUGACUAUCGAUAAGUGUUCAAACGAUGCGAUGCAUCACCUCAGCCUUAAGUUCUUCAGUCAGGGCAUGUCAAUGUCUAGCCAACCAGUUUUUUUUUUAUUUUCCUUAAUAUUUCUGAGAACGUGUGUUUACAGAAUCGUCAUGUUUUUUCUGUGAAUAGUGCUAGGUUUGGAGUACAGUAGCUGCUGGUUUUUCUGUGAAUCCUGCUAGGUUUGGAGUACAGUAGCUGCUGUUUUUCUGUGCUGCCCUCUGCUAGGACGCUGCCCAGCUCUUACCCUCCAGGACUCAUGAAGGACGGCUGGGGCGUGGUUUCCAACCCCACUGUCUGGAAAGUCCCUGGAGGUCCUUGGGUUGGCUGAGCAGUCUCGUUUCCUUUACAGUGAGAAAAGCAUGUUGAAAUGAUAUGACAGUAAGAUAGGUAAGAGUAUGUUGUUUUUAUAUUGAUGCCUUUUCCACUGAAACUGGAAUUGAAAUACAGUACGUUUGCUAUUGUUCUUAACUGAGAGAUGACCAACGUGGUCUUAUUUUGGAUGAAGUUUGAACUCUUGAGUCAUUGUUCAUAAAGUCCUUUCUACCCCCACUCUGCAUUACUAAGAUAAACUAACAAAUGAAUCCCUGCUAAUAGCAACCAAUCCUUGGACUUCAGGUUUUAAAUAUGCAUGUAUUUUUACCGGCAGAUCCCACUGAGAAUGAAGCCUUUUUUACUGGUUAUGAAAUCGGGUUAACUUUACAGGCAGGUAUCUGUCUGAUGUGCGCUCGUGAGGAACAUGAACAAUGAUACUGAAGGAUUGAUAAACUAUUAGACUGCCCGUUGCUUUGUGAGAUUACUAACAAUUAUGUUGAACUUUUUUAAAAAGCAAAAACGGCCAAGGUCGUUCACCCGAAUGUAUUUGAAAUGAGAUUUCAUUAAGAGACACAUGAACAAGAGGACAGCAUUGCUGUAGGUGAAAUGGGCAUGUCUAAGCUGCAUUGAGGAAAGUGUGCAUGUGAAAACUUCAUUGGCUUCUCAGUGUGUCAGCGUUAUUAACCCUUUACCUGCUGGCAGUCUCCGCAGCGCUGUGUUCCCUGUGCUGGGAUUGCGUUGCGAGAGUGUAAUCUGCUACAUGUUGUCUCUCUCCAUCUGCUCUCAUGGGUUUCUGUACCUUCUGUAACUCAAUAAAACUUUGUAGGUACUUUC